AUGAGGCGAGCAGUGGCUGCAGCGUUUGUGGUGGCAUUCACUCUGUGUCUGCCCUCCCUCUCCGCGGCGAGGACGCUCAGCGAAGAGUGGCACUCGUGGAAGACGAGGCACGAGAAGGUGUACGUGGACCGCGGGGAAGAGAACGUCCGGCAGCAGAUAUGGAUCCAGAACCGGGCCCGCAUCUCGGCGCACAACCGCGGCAACACCAGCUUCACGCUCGCACUCAAUCAGUUCGCGGAUAUGGUCAGUGAUCAGAGGCGAUGCAGAGCUAGCUGGGCAUUCUCGGCAGCAGGCGCCAUGGAAGGCCAGUACGCAAAGAGCUGUGGGAAGCUGGUGGCACUCAGUGCACAGCAGCUCGUUGACUGCUCCUGGAAAUACGGGAGUCAGGGUUGCAAUGGUGGAAGUCCGUCUAAGGCAUUUUCCUAUGUAGUGGACAAUGGAAUAUGCUCAUCUGUCAACUACCCUUUCCUCGGCUUUAUGUGGCAGUGUAUGGCUCAGUACUGUGGGAAGUCUGCCAGUGCUAUCGAUGAGAGGAUGGUACGUCCUCAGAAUGAAACUGAUCUUCUGGAUGCUCUCUAUCAUGUGGGUCCACUCAGUGUGAUGGUGGAUGGGUCAAGCUACAACUUUCUCUUCUACGAGGACGGAGUGUUCUCGGACACAAACUGUGGCUGUGACGAGACGAGUCUCAACCACGCCAUGCUUCUCGUCGGCUACGUCGCCUACGAAGAGUCACAACAGUCCUACUGGAUACUGAAAAACAGCUGGGGAGUGUCGUGGGGAGCAGACGGCUACAUGUUGUUACAGAGAGGCCAGAACAUGUGUGGCAUAGCAACCCAAGCAACUUAUCCCGUCGUUAUCUCCAUGUAG